GAUUUUUAAUGUCAGUGCUUUGCAUCAGGAGGGCUGAUGACUGGAGUCCUGAUGGCUUUUCUUCUAGAGCUUUUGUGCGUGCGAAGGUUAUAAUUUAGCUUCUUCUUGAAUUUAACAGCUGUGGAAGGACUAAAAUCUGCUGCUCGUGGGAGCUGUGAUUGGGGAUGCGUGAAGAGGCAGAAACUUUCAUGGCCUCCGCUUCUAGAGCAGAUAGUGCUUCAUGUGAAAAGGAGAGCGGAGAGCUGUCCUGUAAAGUGACCUGCUGCACGUUUACAAUUAGAAUCCUGUUUCAAGCCAUGCGGGGUAAUGUUUUGGGAUGGUCUUUUAAUCUGUGACCGCCAGCUUUGAAAUAGCACAGCUGAGCAGGCUUUGUUACCUUGCCAGGUUCAAGUUGUGCGUGCUGUGGUCCCUGGGUCUGGAGGGCAGCACUUCUGCCACGGUGCUUCUCCCAAAGACUAAGGAGUUAAUUUCCCACUUGCUAGCUAAGUAGGGAGAGCUGCGAUCCUCGAUCCUCAGUUACGGCUUGCCCCGAGGGAAGGACAGAUGGGACUUCGUUGCCUUUGGCAGCUGCUGGCAGUCCUGUCUGCUUCUCGUAUGCUGGCAGUCCAUCGAGGGUAGGCACAGCGUGUGCUUCCUCUUGUCCGGUGGCUUGUCACUGGAGAUGCAGAAGAGGUCAUUAGUGCAUUGCCAGAGGCUGGCAUAGCUCUGGGGACGCAGGGAACGAAUCGUUAAAAAUUGGGCUGCGGCAAUUAAGGCAUCCGCAGAAUAACUUGCGUCCUUGUGCUGCUCUUACGCCUGGAGCUCGGUGGGGCCACGUGGCGAGAGCCUGCUGAUGGAGCCAUGGUGCUGCCACGUGGAGCAGGUGACAGCCUCCCAUGGUCCUGCAGGACCGUUAGAAGAUUCUGCAGGCGGAGAAGUCCAUGGAGGCCGCUGUUGGCUCACUCGUAACAUGCACAGGCUCCUCAUUUCGGUCCUGGAGCACGGGGAGCGUGAGCUCUGCUCUCGGAGGCUGGUGCAAGACAACAAGCGAAGUGCUACGAACCGCCACGACUUCCACUCUAAAAACACCAUAAAAGGCUGUGUCCUUAGGAGCUGGGCAUGGGAGCUGUUCCCACCCACAUUGCUGCAGCAUGAGUCACUUGGCUAUCACAACUGCUCCUGGUGUGGAUGCCCGGCCGAAGAUGCGGCGAGGAGCGGAGGGAGGAAGGGGAACCGCUCCGCAGCGCUGCCGAAGCGAUGGAGAGUUACGAAGAAGAGGAAGGCACGCACGCUUGCAUGAACUCGUCUGAACUGCUGGCUGGUUUUGCUUUCGUUAGUAUUUUUUGAGAGCUUCCAGAAAGUGCUGCUUGCUGGUGACGUGAAAUUGAAGUGUUUGCAGCAGAGGGCCUUCUGAAUGAGCAGGAAAAAAAAAAGUUUGCUUUUAGGAAGCACAGUAACUGCCACGUGAAUGUGAAGCUGGAAUACCUCUCUGACGUGAAAACGCCAGCCCAGUGAUGACAUCAUGUGGGCAAGUUCUCCAAGUUUGUCCGGGCUGUGUGCGCAGAGGAAGAGGUAGCGGCCGUGGAGCUGCAUGCUUGCGAGGACGUCUCCAUGGACCUGCUGGGUGGCCUGAGAGCGGGGUCCUGUGCCAGAACAGGGGUCCCCAUCUCCCAAAGAGCACCGAGAGGUCCUACAGCAGGUGGUGUGGGUCACUCUCAUCUCACCGCAGUCUCUCUGGCUGGUACAUCUCCUGAAGGAAGCUUUUAAAAGCCGUGAAACCGUAGCCGUGGUUGUACUGCUCACCGCUUUUCAGAAGCACCGAAGCUGCCCUGCUGUAGUGCGAGCAGGGAGGAGCCGCUGUCAGAGCCCGUCUCCGUACCAGCCCUCUUUCUCCUCCCUGCUUCUCUCCUCCUGCCUCAGCCCUUGGUCGGAAAGCCUCCACCUGAGCCCCAAGGCACGGCGCAGCACAGCUGCCUGAAAAUGAGAGCGAAACUGACUCCGUGGGAAGAGCGAGCCCGCGUGCGGAGAGCCUCCUGGCGUGCCUCUUCUCCCGGCCGCUGGCGCUGAGCUGCGGCACCGCGGGGCCGCCGAGGACAGAGCUGCAGUGACCGGGUGGCGUGAGCCAGGCCGAGGGAACGGGCGUGCGGCCGGCGCUGCGGGACGGCCGGGAUUCGUCGCGCCCCGUGGCGGAGACGUCGGCUCGGGGCGAGGAAGGCUCGCGGCCGGUUAGAUGCCCGAAGGGGAGAGCGCAACUCCGGCUGAACGGAUGCAUCUCGGCACCUGAUACCACGCUCAGCUUCUGACAUGAAGAAAGAUAUAGACACUUUAAUAACCCAGGAAAAAGCGGAGAUCGUUGCCAAGUAUGAGAAGGGCAGGCAGGAGGGAGCCGAGAUCGACCCGUGGGAAGAUGCCGAUUUCACGCUGUAUAAAGUUACCGACCGGUUUGGGUUCCUGCACGAGCAGGAGCUGCCGACCCGCACCGCCUUGGAGGAGAAGCAAAAACAGCAGGAAAUUGAACGCGUGGACAAGUGGCUGAAGAUGCUGAAGAAAUGGGGCAAAUACAGAAACAGUGACAAGAUGUGUCGGCGAGUGUACAAGGGCAUCCCACUCCAGGUGCGAGGCCAGGUCUGGUCACUCCUGCUGGAUGUCGAGAAGAUGAAGAAGGAGAACGAAGGAAAGUACGAGCAAAUGAAAGAACAAGCAAAGAGCUUGUCCUCGGAAAUCAAGCAGAUAGAUCUGGACGUUAACCGCACCUUCCGAAACCACAUCAUGUUUCGGGAUCGCUACGGAGUGAAGCAACAGGCUCUGUUCCACGUCUUGUCGGCAUACUCUGUUUAUAACACCGAGGUGAGCUACUGCCAAGGGAUGAGUCAGAUCGCAGCCAUCCUGCUGAUGUACUUGAACGAAGAGGAUGCAUUUUGGGCACUGGCACAGCUGCUGACCAACCAGAAGCACGCAAUGCACGGUUUUUUCAUUCCCGGGUUCCCAAAACUGCAGAGAUUUCAAGCUCAUCAUGAGCAGAUUUUAAGCAAACUGUUCCCGAAACUGAAGAAGCACAUGGACAAGGAGCAGAUGACAACGGGGAUUUACACGACCAAGUGGUUCCUGCAGUGUUUCAUUGACCGGACGCCCUUCACCCUCACCUUGCGGCUCUGGGACAUCUACAUCCUGGAAGGAGAGCGGGUGCUGACGGCCAUGGCCUACACCAUUCUCAAGCUGCACAAAAAGCGCUUGCUGAAGAUGACGCUGGAAGACCUGCGGGAGUUUCUGCAGGAGAAAAUUGCCGCUUCGCUGCAGUAUGAGGACGAUGCUGUCAUCGAGCAGCUGCAGGUGUCGAUGAGCGAGCUGCGCAAGAUGAAGUUUGACCUCCCCCCACCAGCGAAGCCCGAGGAGUUCCCACGCAGACCCCUGGGCCUGGAGCUCUCCCUCAACCCGGUGGCCGUGAAGGCCAACGCGGCGGCCAACGGCCAGAACGGGCUGCUGGGCGAGCGGCCUCCGGACAGGGACGCCACGCAGCCUCCACCCCACAGAGGGCCUCCAGGAGGGACAGCCACCAGCACCGCAGUGGCCGCCAGGACUCCCGAGCAGCUGGGCAGCGACGCCACCGAAGCGGCCGACGGACGCUUGCAUCCCCCCCGGCGCGAUGGCGAGGUGGAGGCUCCGGAGGCCGUGCAGCAGCAGCCUCCUCCGCCGAGAGGCGAGGCUCCGGCUUUCCCCACCGGCCAGGAGGCCGCUGCGGUGAGCGGAGAGCCUGCCUCGCACGGCAACCCCCGGAGACCGCGGGGGGAGCACGAGGAGAGCCCCGUGCUGCUCGCCGCCGGCCGCACGAGCAGAGCUGCCUCACCGGCACGGCCUGGAGGCCCGCAGCCUCUGCCCCAGCGCGAGUCGCCCAGCCCUGCUCCCUCCCCGCACGGCUCCGUGGACUCGCUGCACGACCCCAGCACCUCAUCCGGGACUGCGCCAGCUGGGGAGGCUUUGGCACCCGAGCAGCUUUCCAACGCAGACAGUUCGCCGAGGCGGCCGAAUCCUGCUGCGUGUGGUCUGCCAGAGGUAGAGCAGGCGUCUUCCCCGCGCGGGGAGGAAGAGGAGGCACUGGAUGCCCUCCCUCCUCCUCUGCCGGCUCAGCACGAGGACUUCCCCAAGGCUGAGCAGUGCGGAGCGGUGCCGCUGACCCAGACAGACUCGAGGAGCUCGGUACCCAAGUCUGCGUCCACGGGCGAGCUCGCCAGCCUGCAGCAGGGCGCGGGCGCAGCGGAAGGACUGGGCUUGGCCGCGCACCCCCCGCACAGGCAGUCGGGCGGCAGCGUGCCCCUCUUGGCGGAGACCCCGGGGCGCCCCUUCCAGCGGGGAACCGAGGGGAACAGCCCCUACGCCGUCGUAAAAACCACCACUCCCCUGCACGUGGCCCACGCCACGGAGCAAGACUUGUUGAACAGAAAGCAGGUGGCGCUGCCCUUGCCCGAGGCCGGCCGGCCCCUGGCUGCCACCUCCCAGCUGCCUCCUGCCGCCUCCGCCCCGGCGGCAGCGGCUGCCCAGGAGGGCGCCCAGAAACCGUUCAAUGCACUGAAAGCGCCGCGGCCGCCCCUCAGCCCCAAACCGAAAUUAUCCCUGCAGGUUGCCAAAUCCCUCUCCGAGAACAGCUUUGGCUCAGCCUCUCCUCCCCCCACAAAGCUGCCCAAAUCGGUGACGUUUUAGCGGGGCGCGCGGGGAGGUGAGGGAGAGGGGCUGGAGCGGCACUGGUCCCGCGAUGCCCUCGGCAUCGCCCGUGGAGCCGUGCUUCGGUACGAGAGCCCGGGGCAGCCGGAGCUCCAGGAGCCGCCAACAAACUCCGUCUUGGUUUGCACCCGUGGUUUCUUUCCUAUGGACAGAAGUGCUUUAAUUUCGGGUCGCUCGAUGGAACUUGCCAAGCCCCGGGACGCGCAGGGAGGUGAACUCGUGGGCUUUGUUGCUCUCCUGCCUGUCUCCUGAGCUCUAGUGGUGGGUCUGUGGACACAAGGCAGCGGAGUCCAAAAUAUUUAGCAAGAGAGGCUUUCCUCCCAACUGCCCCAUCCGUCUGGCCAACGGCGUUUCUAUUCCUGUAGCAAUAGACCUUCAUUUCUUUUUCCAGACCCGCGGGAGGCAGCAGCCCUCGGGAUGGGGCCGCGGCACGCCUGCUCAGCAGUCUAUGCAAUUCCCCGCCACUCCUGGCGAGGGUCCCUUUCCGCCUCCCCCCGCUGAUGUUCUCCUGGAGGGGAGGCGUCAGCAGCCGGGGCAGGUGAGCCCCUGGGCCUGGGGGGGCUCCGAGCGGCGCCCCCAGCAGUGGUUCAAGUUCUCGAGGGGGCAAGGACAGCGGGGAAGGUUGAGCCGGGCGUGCUGGGAGGCUGCUGAGUGGCCUUUCCCUCGGGGGUGCGGGGCAGCGAGCAGGCUUGCUGCCUCAAACCAGCUGAAGGGGCAGAGGGGCUGCUGCUGCCCUGCUGAACCUGGCGAGCUGCUGGAGGUGUGCGCUGGUAGCUAGUCCCAGUGCCCGAGCUGGAGCCUGCUGCUGCUCUGAGCAGGCGAAGUUUCAGGGUGGAAAUGCUGUAGAAGUUAGGACAGGUGAGCGCGUCGCCCAGAAACCCUGGGUCAGCCCUUCUGGUUUAGCCUCGCCAGAAACUGCUGCCUGAGGAAGGAAAACCUGGGCACGGAGGGGGUGAGAUGAUGCUCCAGAGUUCCCACUUGCUCUUCACGCAGGGGGAAGGCCUGGUGGCCUGUCCAUCUCCUCCCCUUCCCCGUGACCACUCGGGAUCCAAGCCGAUCCUUGCCUCCAGCUCCUCUUUCCCAGCAGCUCUUCCCAGCCCAGGGGGCUGUGGGUGCUCACCCUACAAAGGAACGGGGCCAAACUCGUGUUUGCAGCCCUCGGCAGCUGCCUCACCACUCCAGGAAAGGAGGAGGCUUGAUGAAGGCAGCAGGCAGUGAACUCGAGUCCAAACGUGCUGUAUUUUUUGCUGCUUUCCUAAGGGGGUGGCUGCAGAUGCCACCUUUUGGACAGCAGGUGGGACCGCUGGCCUGCAAACCCGGGCACGAGCUCCCUCAAAGUCUCACAGACCUCGCAGACUGGUUUUCAUCCUUUAGGCUGCUUCAGGAACGUAGCCUGAGCCAAAGCCUGCCUGGAAGCCCAGCAGAAAGCACCCCCUGAAUACCUUUGGGGGCGGUUAUCAGGUUUGUGUGUGUGUGUGCGCGUGUUUGUGCUAGCAGGUAGGAGCAGGUGCUCCCCGGCUGUGGAUGUGGUCAGCCAGGCCACAGCGCCCACAACUCCUCCUGAACCCCCUGCUCUGUCGGGGACCCCAUCUUCUGCCUCGGCUGAGUCUCCAAACCCGCCUGCCCUCCCUCUGGGGGGGGGGCAGGAUGAGCCUGGCGCUACCUCGCGGGGGUGCUGGGAGAGGGGUUAGCUCUUCAGCUGAUGUUUGGGAGGCGCUUUGAAGAGAAGUGCUGUGUGAGUGCUCUGUGUUGGGAUUUUGAGACACCACGGGUCAUUUUUAGGGUAAAGGUGCUCAAACUGGUUUUAAGUUAGAGUAUGUUCUUCAGUAACUGUGCAGCAGUGAAACCCAGGCGUGUGUUACAAUACCUGGGCAGUAUUUCAGGACAGGAACCCAUUGCCUUUUGCUAGGAGCUGUACCCCGCUGGCCUCUGCAGCCCCAAGGGAAGCAAGGAGAAGCAGCCGAGGGCUGCCCCAGCUUGCUUUCUGUCCUCAGAGCACGCUGAGGUGAGCUUAUGUGCAGGUAAGGCCUGAGCCCCUCGUUUCUGACAGCCCUCGCCCGUCGGUGUGUGCGCCCUGGUGCACGUCUGCGACCUUUUGCAGUAUUCACGUUGAAAAGCUGAUUUUAGGGAGCUGGCGCUGCGCGGUGCCACUGCACAAGCUACCAAGCACUGGGGUUUCCCUGCCCUCCGAGCCCCCCGGCUGUAACAGAGCCUUGCAGCAGGUUCUCCAGACAUCCCCAAGCCGGGGGCAGCCACCAGCGGGGUUCGGGGACCUUUGGGCCAGGCUCGCUGCUCCCACCGGUGCCCCCUCCACCAGGAAGGCAGGAUGGGGUAGGGGGCAAGCAGCGGCCGUCCCCACAACGUCCCCUGCUGGGCUCAGCCUGGCUCACUCGACCCUGCCACCACCGAGGCAGCUCUUCCCCAGCCUGCACCCCUGUCUGAGGAGCACCUUCAGCAGGCAGGCAGCUUAGCAGCUUUUCUGCCUCUUGUUGCAGAUGUGGCAGGUCUGCUCCCUGCUGUGACCUGUCUUAGGGCACCUGCUGCUCCUAAAAGGGCGCUGUUUUACAAGGCCACCUCCUUUUCUCUCCAAUUCCUCCUCAGGCAGCCGGAAAGAGCUCAGCAGCAGCAGUGGCAACGCUUUGCCCCUGCCCCCGGCUCCCAAACCAGCCUCAAGCCCCUAGCGAAGCCAGUGGGACCGCGAGCAAACUCAGGAAAGGGCUCCCAGCUCCGUGCCCUGCCAGCCCCGGGAUGGCUUCCACCGCCUGGCGGCCAGGCCAAGCCCCGGGGGCUGCGUUUUGUUCCCUAACUGAGCACUUUGAGCAGCAGCACCCAGGGCUGGGCACGGGCCCCGUCCUUCCGCGGCAGCUGGAGGCCGGUGGGGGUCUCCUGCGUGCACUUUGCUAGCCCUGCGACCAUCGGCUUUUAUUUGAAUUGCUAUUCUUGUUUACAGCGUGGAACGCUUCCUCCUCCGUGACUCCUUCUAAUGUAUUAUAAUUAUUACUGAAAAA